GGGAAAGAAGAAAAUGUCGGAGCUACGAACCGGAUUCCUAACAAUGGCGACGAUAGUUCUUAUAUGCCUAGGUUUAACGAUGACGGGAACAGGUUUAUAUCACAAGAAAAUAGUCUCAAAAUGCAUCGGAGAAAGCGAUGGCAGUUUCGUCUUCAUUGGCCUGCUCUUGCUUGUGUUUCCUCAGUUUGGUCUUUAUGCAAUCUGUCUUCGAUCGAAACGUAUCUUCACCUUCUACAUCUACGCGAUGAUGUUCGUCUUCAUUGUCCUUAGUGGCUACUCUUUAAAAUGCUUCAUCUACAACACAACUUUUGGUAUCGCCAAGAAUCCUUCCCAGGAAACCAGGACCGUCAAGCAGUUGGUAGGGCGUUUAGUCCCUGCAGAAAAACUCGCUAGAGCCACCGACUGUAUCAUUCAUAAUCAUGAUUGCAACUUCAACGCCAGCCUAAACAGCAAUGUCUGGAAGUUUUGCUGCGCGCAACCACCAGGAUGUGGAGAGAUGACAAUGUUCGGUGCACCAGGAGAAUGGAGUUGGAAACGGCAACACGUAGAGAACAAAGUCCCUGAAGAAUGUGCUUACGAUUACUGUCUUAGUUGCAGAGGCUGUCAGCUCAGCAUCUUGAAAGCCAUUGUUCAUCAAUGGAAGUAUCUCUCCAUCUUCGCUUACCCUUCACUCUUUCUCGUUUGUCUCAGCCUCGUCAUUGCCAAGUUCAUUCUUGACACGUUCGAUGAACCCGAUGAUUAUCGUGGCUCUUAUUCUUGAUUCUUAAUCUUCCAUUUUGAUACAUUAUCAUGUAUUCAUACUUUAGUAUUUUCAAUAGAUGUAUUUUAUUAAUAUAACCAUGUCUCUCUCUCUCUUUUUUUUUUGUGUGCAUUCUAACAACAAUGCCUCAAAUUAAGCUAUAUCAAAAAUAAUAUUAACAUAAACUUAACAAAAAUAGCCUUAUAGUUCCAAUUUAUAUAGCUAUAAUCUACCGUUCCACUUGCAUAUUAACAGACUAAACAAUACUAUAGUCUCUAGAUAGUCAAUUAGUCAUUGUCAAAAUCUAAUUCACUAUUAACUCCUCUCUAAACUAGAUAAUCUUCUUAACCCCCACACGU